AUAGAUUUUCGGUCGCUCCGAGGCGCACGACCCGAGUGGCGUCAUGAGAAAGAAGAGGCUUUUGUGUUAAUAACUCCAAUAUGAGAUUUUCAUUGCAUAUUGUAGUGGUCCUCCUGGCGAUCUACCACAUUUGCCAGGCGGACCGCUCAGUUCGAGAGGUCCCUAGUAAUUCGAACAAAAACAUCCCAGUCUUCCGGUUCUCGAUCAAGGCCAGUCUUAACAAGGAUGAUCACAUGUAUCUGAAACGGGCAGUAACCGACCUGGGUACACAAGCCCAGGAGGCUUCACUUAAAUCCUCACCAUCAACAAAACAACGACCGCGACCACCGCCGCCCCCACCACCACCAACAAGACCCCCACCGCCAACAACAAGACCCCCACAACCUACUUAUACCACUCCUAAAGUACUUUUUACUUAUCCUACAACUAUAAGACCACCUACAUACCUGCCACCAACCAGACCACCUCCACCAACUGUAGGUUAUUAUUACGAGAAACCACCUUCCACAUUCACCAUCUCGACGACUAGAAGACCUCCUCCAUAUACAGCACCGACUUAUCUUCCACCAGUGACUAGAACUACUCCUAGACCGCCACCAACUACAGAAAGAACUUACCCUCCACCUACCUACCGUCCCCCUACUACUAGGAGAACACCACCUCCACCUCCACCGCCACCGACUAGGCCUCCGACUUUAAAAACACCUGCAACAUACUUACCACCACCUCCACCAACAAGGCCAUCAAGGCCUCAACCACCGCCACCACCACCACCAACUAGGCUAUCGACUCUAAAAACACCUCCCACAUAUUUACCACCACCUCCUCCAACAAGGCCACCAAGGCCCCCACCACCACCACCAACUAAACCUCCUCCCCCUCCACCACCACUUCCAACAAGACCACCUACCUUCAAAACACCACCUACAUACCUUCCACCCCCACCAUCGACUAGGCCGCCAACUAGGCCACCACCACCACCAACUAGACCUCCACCUCCUCCACCACCACCUCCAACAAGACCACCUACCUUCAAAACACCACCUUCAUACCUGCCACCCCCACCACCGACUAGGCCGCCACCACCUCCACCACCACCACCAACUAGACCUCCACCCCCUCCACCACCACCUCCAACAAGACCACCUACCUUCAAAACACCACCUACAUACCUGCCACUCCCAUCACCGACUAGGCCGCCGCCACCACCUCCUCCACCUCCAACCAGACCACCCCCGCCCCCUCCACCACCACCAACCAGGCCGCCACUAACAAGACCUCCCCCUUCUCCACCAACCAGACCACCUACGACACGACCACCUCCUACGUACUCCACUUAUGAACCACCAACACGAACGACGGGCUAUGACUACCCCAAACCACCUUCUCCAUUCACUUACCCGACGACUAGAAGACCCCCACCGCCUACAGCACCGACUUACCUUCCACCAGUGACUAGGACCACUCCUAGAACACCUCCCCCUACCCCGCCACCAACUAGACCCACAUUCAGAACUACAUACAAUUACCCGAAGCCCAGUACAGCAUUCACUUAUACCACUAAGACACCAGUGUACAUACCUCCUUCAACCACGAGAAUCCCCUUUACGACGCGACCUCCUUUUAUCGACAACCAAGGUUACUUCUACGAGCGACCCAUAGUCCCUUUUGUAUUCUAAUUUGGAAAUACAUAUGUGAAAAAAAAGUUGUCAUAUUUGUAGUACCAAACUGAAAGCUUUUUGCGUUUGAAAUCACAAACUUUGUUUUUAAUGAAUUUGUUUUACUAUGAUUGUAUGUACUUUAUAGCUACAGAGUUACCCUGUUUCUAGUGAUAAUAAUGUGUAGGUAUAUAUAUCAUUCAUUUUUUAAAUAAAAAUAUAUUAUGAAAUAAAUACUCAAAAAAUAUAUGAAUUGACACCGCCUUCACCUAAUCUUAACGAUGAAGUGUUUU